AUUAGAUAGUAAUUAGUAAAGAUGUGGGCAAAAAUUAUAUUUGUGUCGAUAUUUGGAAUCUCACAAGUACUCGGCGCCUAUGUAUUUCCAAAAGAUUUCAUAUUUGGUGCUGCAACUGCUUCCUUUCAAAUAGAAGGUGCAUGGAAUGAAAGUGGAAAAUCUGAAAGUUGUUGGGAUCAUAUAGCUCAUUAUACAAAUGAAAUUGAUGAUCAUUCAAAUGGUGAUGUAGCUUGUGAUUCAUACCAUAAACUUGAUGAAGACAUUAAAGUUUUGAAGGAGCUUGGAGUUGAUUCAUAUCGAUUUUCAAUAUCAUGGCCACGAAUACUGCCUGAAGGAUUUUCAAACAAAGUAAAUCCAGAUGGAAUUCGAUAUUAUAAUGAAUUGAUUGAUAAAUUACUUGCAAAUGAUAUAACUCCUUUGGUAACAAUUUAUCAUUGGGAUCAUCCACAAUCCUUACAAUUAUUGGGUGGCUGGACUAAUCCCAGAAUGGUUGAAUAUUUUGCUGACUAUGCAAGAGUGGCAUUUGAACAUUUUGGUGACCGUGUAAAGCAAUGGGCGACGUUUAAUGAACCCCAACAAUUUUGCCGAGAAAAGAUUUGGGGCGAAGCACCAUCUCUUGGAUCUGUCGCUUUAGAUGCUGUAGCUCCAUAUUUAUGUGCACACACAUUAAUAAGAGCGCAUGCAAAAGCGUACCAUAUCUACAAAAAUGAAUUUGCGAACCAAAAAGGAAAGUUGGGAAUAGUAUUAAAUUUACCUUGGACUGAGCCAUUGACAAAUACAACAAAAGAUAUUGUGGCUACAAACCGGGAUUUAGAGUUUCAGUUUGGAAUUUAUGCCCAUCCGAUAUUUACGAAAGACGGCGAUUUUCCAAAACUAGUUAAAGAACGUGUUGCAAACUUAAGUAAACUCCAAUCUUUCAAAAAAUCACGUUUACCAGAAUUUACAGAAGAAGACGUAAAAGAAAUUCGUGGUACUGCUGACUUUUUAGGGAUCAAUCAUUAUUCUACAAGUUUAACAAGUGAUGCGAGUGAUGAAAUUGAUCUAUUCACUCCAUCCAUAAAUAAUGAUAGAGCAGUUAAAAGCACAAUUGAUCCAAGUUGGCCUGCAAGUGAAAUAUUUUGGUUAUACGAUGUUCCAUGGGGAUUAUAUAAAGCUUUAAUGUAUGUUAAGAAUUACACAAAUAAUCAUCCCGUUUAUAUUACUGAAAAUGGGUUUUGUGAGGAAGCUAUUGAUGAUCAAGGGAGAGUUCACUAUUAUCAGGGCUACUUACAAAGUUUAUCUGAUGCUAUUUCGGACGGGGCUAAUAUUGUAGCCUAUUAUGCUUGGAGUUUAUUGGAUAAUUUUGAAUGGCAUCGAGGAUACACAAAAAGGUUUGGAUUGUAUCAUGUAAAUUUCACGGAUCCAUCCAGACCCAGAACAGCACGAUCAUCGGCUAAAUGGUUGAAGAAUUUCAUCCAUGACGUUAAAUCUAACAAUUUGUAGAAAAAUAUUAUAAGUAUGUAAA